AUGGCCGCCGUGUCCGUCCUCACGCCGGUUCUGGCGCUCGUGCUGUGCAUGGUUAUGGGCUUCCUGGCGGUGAGGAGGCGUCUAACCAAAACCGCCACUGAAACAAAACCGUGGGUGGACGACGACCUGCAGGACAACAGCGAGGCCCAGACAAGAGAUGAUGAGGAAGGGGAGUGGGAGGAUCUAAACAAGCAGGAAGAAGUUGCCCAUGUGCCUUACUCGCCUCAGCGCCAUCCCGAGGACCAGAUGCUGCACAGAUCUCAGCAAUUCUACGCGCUGAUGAACCAGCGCAGGUCUGUCCGCUUCAUCAGCCCACAGCCCGUGCCGCAGGAAGUCAUCGAGAACGUCAUCCGCACCGCAGGUACUGGACCAAGCGGAGCGCACACUGAACCCUGGACCUUUGUGGUGGUCUCCGACCCGGACACCAAGCACCGGAUCCGGCUGAUCGUGGAGGAAGAAGAGGAGGUCAACUACCGCCAGAGGAUGGGAGACACGUGGGUCAGUGACUUGGAACCACUCAAGACAAACUGGAUCAAAGAGUACUUGGAUAUCGCGCCAUACCUCAUCCUCAUCUUCAAACAGACAUAUGGAAUCUUACCAGAUAAGAAGAAAAGGACACAUUACUACAAUGAGAUCAGCGUGUCAAUAGCCUGUGGCAUCCUACUGGCCGCACUGCAGAACGUGGGUCUCGUCACUGUUACUUCGACGCCGCUCAACUGCGGCCCUAAACUCAGGCUGCUGCUCAAACGACCAGCCAAUGAGAAGCUGCUCUUGCUGCUUCCUGUUGGCUACCCUGCCAAGGACGCUACUGUGCCCGAUCUCAAACGCAAACCACUGCAGGACAUCAUGGUGCUCAUAUAA